AUGUUCCUCUCUGGCUACAAACCCAAAGACAGCGACAGCGUGCGGUGGGCUGUGUUCAACCAUCCCCAGGGUCAUCAGGGCCUGCCAGCCGCUUUAUUCCAGAUCGACGGCAUGGAUCCUUUGAGGGAUGAGGCCCUGAUAUACGAACGGGUGCUCCGAGACGAGUGUGGAGUGAAGACAAAGAGCUACGUCUACCCAGGUGCGCCCCACGGCCACUGGGCAUUUUUUCCGUUCCUAAAGAGCAGUAAUAAAUUUAGGGUCGAGCAGAUUGAAGGCAUGGGCUGGCUCCUAGGCAAGACCCCGGUUCUCACAAAUGUGGUCACCAGUGCAAAGGCUACAAAUGUCUAA